CACGCAUUUCGUGAUAGCUGAGAGAUUGCCGCCAUAUUUUUUUACUUGGGACAAGAGUUUGUUUGACGACUAGUGCAAGUGAGAAUUUCCUGUGAAUAAAUUGGAAAAGGUUGUUCGUGUGAAGGAAUUCGAGGACAGUUGAGGUGCAAGCGUGUCGGGCAAGUUGUCCGCGAGGCGUUUUCGUGGAAUUGUGAUCACCUGUGCGGGGAAAACGGCGCGAUUCGAAAACGCGAAAUACACUCUUUGCGAGCGAGGACCGUGAGGAUUGAGCGAUAGCGCGAGUUUCGUUCACGUCUCGAGUUGUUGUGUGUGUGCGUUGCAGCUCGCAAAUUAUCUCCCGUAUGCUCGCUGCUCCCAUUUGGUGAAUUCCCUCGGAAAAUCAUAAAUUGCAAGACGACGACGAAUUGGGAGUUUGUUUGGCAACAAAAGGCUGUGCACGGGCCCGGAGCAGGAUACGCGCCAACGGUGCACGCGACCCGUGACCAGGCGCCGCGUAGUGUUUUCGGCUGAGUGAAUGGUGGCGCGCGUUGGGCGCUCGCAAGUGUAAUGGCGCUGCCUAUAAAUUCACUGUACUCGCUAACGUGGAGCGACUAUGGAACUUCGCUUGUGUCGGCCAUUCAACUUUUGCGCUGUCAUGGCGAUCUUGUCGACUGCACUCUGGCGGCGGGCGGGCGAAGCUUUCCCGCUCACAAGAUCGUCCUGUGCGCGGCCAGUCCGUUUUUAUUCGAUUUGCUGAAGAAUACUCCUUGUAAACAUCCUGUUGUCAUGUUAGCUGGAGUUAACGCCAAUGACUUGGAGGCCUUACUUGAGUUCGUCUAUCGGGGUGAAGUGAGUGUUGAUCACUCACAACUUCCCUCGUUAUUGCAAGCUGCUCACUGUUUAAAUAUUCAAGGAUUAGCUCCUCAAACUGUAACAAAAGAUGAUUAUACGACGCAAAUACAACUUCACCCUAUGAUGCAGCCACAUUAUACCGAUCACGACCAGGAACAGCUUAUUGCCACAAUUGCAGCCCCCCAACAACACACGGUCCAUGCUCAAGUUGUAGAAGAUAUAAAUGCAGGAACCAUUACCGCACAUGUUCAGGAUGUUAAAGAUGUUAUAAAUCAAUUUUUACCGGCCCGGAAACGAAAACCAAGAGCAAAAAAGUCACCGGUUUCAAAAAUCCCUCGGACUGAUGGCAUGGAUACGACGACAAUAACAACCCAAACGACAACGGAAAAUGGCGAAACGACAAUUGCAUCGACACCUAUUAAACCGGAUCCAAGCUUAAAUGAUACAGUGGCGACGAUAGCGACGGACUCAUCAGCGACAACACCGGCAACACCAAGUACGACGAAAACAGGAAGUGCUGCAAAACCGCGGUCGAGAUCUCAAUCGGAACAACCGGCAACGUGUCCCAUUUGUUUUGCAAUCAUCCGGCAAUCGAGGAAUUUAAGACGCCAUCUGGAACUGCGACAUUUUGCCAAACCUGGAGUGAAAAAAGAGAGGAAAGGUGAAUUGCCAUCUGCGAAGAAACCAACAACGGGCACAGCUGCAACAACGCCGAACACAAUUACAACAACAGUACCAGCAAGUAAUGUUCCUACGGUACAAACAGUUCAAACGUUACACACUCUGCAAACGGUCCAAGUGAAAAAAGAACCGGAUGCUAUGGGAUCGGUAUCAGCGGCUGCAACAACACCAGUGACUGUAACUGUUCAGGCGCCACAGACUCAGCAAAUUCAAGUACAAUCGCAACAACAUAUAUCACAACAGCAGCAACAGCAACAAACACAACAGCAAGCGCAACAGCAACAAACCCAACAGCAACAACAGCAGCAGCAACAACAAACGGCGAUAAUUGACCAAACGGGGACAAUAACAACGAGUGGCGGCCAACAACAGUUAGUGACACAAACAGAAAAUACGGAUGGUACAACAUCGCUCUCUAUAGCGCACGUACAAACCUUACAAGGCCAUCAGUUAACGCUGCAAAAUCUUAAUCAGGCAGCAAUAAUACGUAAUGAUGAACUGGCUUCAGGUAUUAUAGCAACGCAUGAGCCAACCUUAAGACCCCAUACUGAAUUGUAUCGUGUAGGUGCUGUAUAUACCAUAGAGGAGCGUGAAUUUGAUAACAAUAAACUAUCAUAGAGUAGCAUUCUUAAUAUUAAUGAUAAAGAAAGAAAAAUUAUAUGGAAACAAUGAAAAUAUUAUAUUUAAUUGUAAAAUACAUACAUUAUACAUAGGAAUCCGGAGACCAGCGAACGGUAACACUUAACAGUAGCAUAAGUGAUCAUUAUUUUUAAUUAUAAUUAAACGAAAGUUUAUGUUUUCAUCAUAUUUUAUCGAAAAUGAUAAUAAAAAAAUUGAAAAAAAACCUCAAAGCAUGAUAAAAUCGUGGCAGCACAAAAUUCAUUUUCAAAGGCGGUAUCAAACCUAAACCGUCCCUUUUGGACUCUGAUCGUUUCAAACUAAACCGAAUCCUUGCAUUUUACAAACAAACAAAAAAGUUGAAAAAAAUCUCUAGAACAAAAGUUAGCGACCAUUUCGUUUUCCUAGUGUUUAUUUGAGACUAUCUUUAAGCCUAUUUUUCGUUGAUUAAGUGCAAUUGUUUCCGGCCGCAUUGAAUACACACAUUUAUUGGUUUUCGUGUCUAGUAUUUUUACGUUCUUUGAUCAAAACCUCUUAUUCGUACUCGUAAUUGCGAAGAAUGUCACGAUAUUUGUUGGGUGAACGUUUUUAUAUCAAAUAUAAAAGUUCACCGCGAUCUAGGUCAAUCGGGACAUUCUAGUAAUUUAGUUGUGGUCCGAACUGGUAAAUUAAAAGAGAUGUCCUUCUGGAUGUAAGAGAGUGUCUUUUUCUUGAUUUUUAGUAUAAUUGAAUGAGAAACUUGAAUAUAAUUUGUUUUAUUCAUUUCGUUUAAGUAUUGAUGUUGAUAAAAUAAAGAUCAUGGAAAUCAUUUGAAAUUUUA